UUUUCUGAAACAUUACAGUGUAUAAAAUACAACAGUGUUUUAUGAUUUGAAAUAGAAAAAUGUAGCGUUUCGAUUAGAUUAGAACGAUAAGGGAUGUUUACUGAAGAUUAUUGCCUAUCUAUUAGGAAAAUAUACCCAGUACAGUAUAUACACAUCUCGAAACUCACCUUGAUCCACGUGUUUACGAAAAGUCUAGAAGUUCUCGCACGAACACCGCAUUCUAGCUGAUGAUCUUACGGAGAGAACAUCAUUCGGCGGAUCACGAUGUCCAUCUUCAACAGACCAUACAAGUUUCCUCCUAUUCAACCAUCUCCCUUUAACAGGGAGCAUCUCCUUACGAGCUCUGAUAACAUCGUGGUUUUCCUGGAUAUUGCGAUCGGUCACGAGAAAGUGGGCAGGAUGGUUAUAGAACUAUUUAAGAAUACUGUGCCGCGUGCCGUGGAGAAUUUCCGUGCACUAUGCACCGGCGAGAAGGGUGAAGGAAGGCACGCCGAGAAAUUACAUUAUAAGGGAUCCGUCUUUUAUAAAGUCGUUAUGAAUUCCAUGAUCCAAGGCGGUGAUAUCGUUAAUAAUGAUGGUACCAGCGGAGAAAGUAUUUAUGGUGAAUACUUUGACGAUAACAGUUGGACGACGAUGCGACAACAUAGGUGUUGUGCAGUACUCGUCAUGGCGAACGAAAAUGCUAAGAAUACCAAUAGUUCAAAGUUUAUCAUCAACAUAAAACCUACCAUGCAAUUUAAGAACAGCAAUAAUGUGGUAUUCGGAAAAGUUAUAGCUGGUACUGGCAUAUUGAACGAGAUUAAUAAAGUACAGACGACUGAAGAUGAUGUUCCGAUGGAAAUAAUAAGUAUUGUUGACUGUGGAGAAUUGAAAGCAGAUGAUGAUUGGAAGUUGGAAGAGGAGGAUGAUACUGAUGAUGUUUACCCGCCAUUUCCUGUAGACUGGCAAUACCAAUUAUACAACACGGAACUCACAUAUGCAUACAUGGAAACAGUCAUAAGGAAUAUAAAGGAUUCGGGAGAUUAUUAUUUUGCGAAGGAUGAGAUGGUGGAUGCCGCGAGAAAGUAUAAGAAAGCUUAUAGAUAUUAUACUUGGACGUUGACACAAUGGUUGAACGAUAAGUUUGAGAUGUCAUUGAGGAAUCUCCGAACUGAAAUAUUAUUUAGUAUAAUCGAUAUAAGAUUACAGCAAGAGGACUACCGUAGUAUUAUACGUACUAGCAGUGAGAUUCUGAGAAAUUUUGAAUUAAAGCAAUAUUCUGCAAGUGAACAGGACAUCAAGAACAUGGACCAUCAACACAAUGUAAGAGCAUUGUUGCAUAGAAUAGAAGCCUACAUUCACUCGAGGCAGCCUAAAUUAGCGAUAGAAGACUUGCAAAAAGUACGUGAAAUAAAUGCUGAUAAUGUACUGCUUACAUCGGCUCUCGACCUAGUAAAAAAUGUGGCAAACUUACAAGAUAUGAUUGAAGAAUGAACUCUUCCAACAGAAUGAAAGACCAAGAUGAAUAUAUAAAUAGAAAUAACCGAAUCUUAAAAUUGAGAUAAAUAUUCAAAAGCUAAAUAAAAUACAUUUUUUUUAAAAAAAGGAGGACAUAGUCAGAAACACUGAUGCCUAUACAUAUCUUGGUUACUCGUUUAUACUUUUUAUAAAAUAGUGUUGAAUGCAAGUUUAAAAUGCGAAUGUAUGUGCGUAUGUAUGUCUGAAUAAUGUUUAAUAAUCAAAAGACUGACUUAUACUUAUUGAUAAUUUGUAAAUUGAAUGAGGGAUGUUAAAUAAAUACACUGUAUUUAUAA